AUGAUGAAAAAGAUGAUGGGUGAUAUGCAGAAGAUAAUGAUAGACCAGCAGAAGUUGAUACCAGAUAAUCGGAAUCACGAUUUGGCUAUGAGAAAUUUAGAGAGGCAGAUGGGACAGAUAGCUGGUGCACAGAAUACUAGACCACAUGAAGGACUGCCAAGUGACACGGAUGUGAAUCCCAAGCCUUGUAAUGCUGUGUCUCUGCGAAAUAGGAUAGAACUAGAGGAAGUGGCUCCGAAGAAAACCAAUAGAGCAGAAGCUGAAAAAGAGAAGAUUACCGAGGAAAUGAUUGAAGAAGAGAGGGUAGUCAACAUACCAGUGGCAAAGAAGCCACAGCCCGUGGUUGCAAAACCACCACCUCUAUUCCCUCAACGUCUGGCAAGACAGAAAGAAGAGGCUACUUACAAGAAGUUUCUUGAUUUGCUUAAGCAGGUACACGUGAAUGUCCCGUUGGUUGAUAUGCUGCAGGGUAUUCCAAAGUAUGCUAAGUACAUCAAAGAUAUUGUUACAAACAAGAGUCGAUUCACAGAGUAUGCCAUUGUGUCACUUACUGAGGAGUGCACUUCGCGGAUUCAAAACAGGUUACCAACUAAAUUGAAAGAUCCCGGAAGUUUCACGAUUGACAUUUCUAUUAGGAAGCAGGUGGUUGCUCGAGCACUAUGUGAUCUUGGUGCAAGCAUAAAUUUGAUGCCUUCAUCUAUCUUCAGGAAGCUAGGUUUGGGAGUACCCAGACCAACCACUAUAGUUCUUCAGCUGGCCGACAUAUCGUUAGCAAGACCCGAAGGUAUUAUUGAAGAUGUAUUGGUGCAAGUGGGGUCGUUGAUAAUUCCUGCAGACUUCGUGAUUUUGGACUUCGAGCUGGACCCGAAAGUCCCAUUUAUUUUGGGGCGUCCGUUCUUAGCCACAGGGAGAGCACUUGUUGAUGUAGCUACUGGGUAG